AUGCCGUCACACCGUGAGAGCGCGCACGCAUUGGUGCAGCGCCUCAAGGCUACCCGCGUCGGCUUAAUGCCGCCCAUCAUUCACAACGCAACGGAUGGUGGCUUGCAUCAGAGCGACAUCCUUCUCGUCGGUGGGGCGCCGGGCUCUGGCAAGACAACAUGGGCGUACCGCGUGGCCGCGCGGCACCUCAGCUGCGGCGGCGCCGUUACAUUUGUCUUUCUUCCCGGCAGUGGGAAUUUUUUGUUGCGACGCUUCAUGGAACACCUGGAAGACACUGCGGUGCCGGGGGCUCCACUUGAUGUGCUGGGGGCGUGCGCGUCCGCCAUUGAGGCUCGGCGGGAGGUGCUGCUUGGCGUACUCGCGCGGCUAGAAGUGGUGCACUGCAUCGACCUUACCGACUUUGCGGUGCUCUGCAUGCAUGGUCCGGUGUGUGCCGGUUCGCCCGAAGUGGUGCCGCUCGUUGUUGUGGAGGGAUGUGGCGGGAAGGGAACUCACAUCCAUCACUAUGAGCGCGCUAUUGGCAACGAGGUGCCGCUGUGCCACUGGCUCCUCGGUUGUUUGCGGCGUCGAAGAAGGUGCGCGCUUAUUCUCAUUGAGGAGUGGGGAGCUGUGACAGGUAACGCUGAUCACUAUCGCCGCUCUACACGUGAAAAAUCUUCAAUUGCAGCCACAGUGGAAGCAGAGUCGGACUUCCUCCGCCGGCUGCAAAACGUAACUCCACGGCCCACAAAAUCCCCACGGCCUUUCCCCAGAAAACGGCAGCGGGCUUGUUCUACUGCUGCUGCCGCUUCUAUUGCUACUGAUACUUCUACUAAUACUAGUGGUACUUCUAUUAAUGCGGCUCUCCCGUCGAGCCGGGAGGCGGAGUCAUCCUUACACUAUAUGGGGAGCCUGCGGUUGUUCUACCUUCACACAGAGAUUGUGCUAGCACCAGCGCAGGGUGCCGUCAGGGUUGCGCGUCUGUUGAAGUGGCAGCACCUGUUGGAUCCUCUCACGUCAGACGGCGAUGACGAAGGGGUCGAUACUUCAAUCAAAACACCACAACACCGGCGACGGCGACGAUGGGGACAGCCGCAGGGGCGCGCGCCGCGCUGGCGAGAAGAGUUUCUCUGCACUGUCCAGCUGUGA